AUGAGUAUCACUAGUAAGCCGGUGAAGGGUUUCCUUUUAGAUAUUACUGGUGUUAUGUACAACAGCGAUCCAGGCACAAUUGGACGCCUUAUAGAGGGAUCAGUAGAAGCAGUUAAUAGACUGUAUGCUGAAAGUGCAGUUCGCUUCGUGACAAAUGAAAGUACACGUAGUCGUAAACACUUAUUCGAAAAGUUAACAAGGCUUGGAUUUACUUUGAAGGAAGAGCACAUUUUUAUGCCUGUUCCGGAAGCUAAACGAUACAUCAAAGAUCAUGGUAUUCUGAAAGAAUUUGAAGAUCUUGAUACAAGCGAUCCGAAUUGCGUCUUAUUGGGUGAUGCCGAAUUAGGGUUUACUUAUGAAACAAUGAAUGCCGCUUUUCGAGUUUUACAUGAAACGAAUGAUCCUUUGAUUAUUGCUUUAGGUUGUGGAAAAUUUUAUCAGCGAAUGGAUGGACCGUGUAUGGACGUCGGUGGUUUCAUACGUGCAUUGCAGUAUGCAUGUGAUGCACGAGUCGUUAUAACAGGUAAACCAGAUGAACAAUUUUUCAAAGCUGCUGUUGAUGAUAUGGGUUUAAAGGCCGAUGAGGUUGUAAUGAUUGGUGAUGAUAUUGUGUCGGAUGUCGGUGGGGCACAGAAAGCUGGAAUCAGAGGUGUACAAGUACGUACAGGAAAGUGGAGACAAUCUUGGAUAAACCAUAGCAUUAAGCCAGAUCUGCUAGUUGAUGACUUGCGAUCUGCUGUAGAUAUGCUUCUGAAGAAAACAAUAAACUGA